CGUCAAAUUACAUGAUGUAAGAAGAGUGCGUCAGUGUCCAGUUAUCCUGUGAGUGUAAGUCCUAUAGGCAAAAAGAAAUGCGUCCUCAGCACUCCAUCAUUGGUCACCCAUGGAUACUUGAUGCAAUUGCCAAAUAUGACUCUAGAAAUCACAAGAACAAGCCUGUUCCUGCUCAAGUGGUUGAAUUUGUGAAGAUGCCGAUCAGCUCAACAAAUGAUCCUGAGGAUCCAGCAGCUGUUGUACAUAUUUCUGACAGAAAGUAUUACAUCCGAGCAAUCAUUACCAAAGAGGCACAAGAAACAAUGGAAAGGGAAAGUGACCACUUUACAUUAGCGCAUGUAAAGAACAAAAUUAUCAUCUUGAAAAACUACACUGUUUGCUUUACAGAGUUGGAAGAUCUUAGAGCCUGUGAAUUCUACAUAACUGUCCAUUACUUCACUAUGAUACCAAUGGAGACAAAUAGUGUGGACUUAUUGAAUUGCAACAUGGACCCUGGCGUGCAGAAGAAGAUCAAAGAACUGUGGCAAAACUACAUGGCUGAACUUGCUGUAAAGGAGUGCUCACAAGAUGUGUCACUUACUCAGCUUCUGAAUAUUGCUAAUGAAGACAAACUUAAUGCUUUGAAAUCUCUUGCUGAGCAGUGUCUCGAUCUGGGCAAAACCAACCAAGAAACUCAACAGGCAAUAACAAAAUGGGGCUCAGAGAGCUUUAAGAACAAGGACAAUAGUAAUGGAUUUACCGUCUCUAUGAAUGACCUUCUUAUUCCACCAAAUGAGGAAGAUGCAUUGAAUCAAAUGCAAGAGUUCACGAAUGCAGUUGAUGUAACAAGUGACCCUGAAGAUUCCAUAGAUGAAGUUCUCACCAAUGGUGAAAGUUCACUGCCAUACAGCACCGCAUUAUCGUCCGAGAAUGAGGAGCCAUACUGUGAUGUUCUAGAAACCCAAUUGGGUAAUCCAUGGAACAAGCUGCAGUCGCUUUGUAUUAGUCUAAGUUCAGGUUCUGCUUCCCAGACCAAAGAAUCAUCACCAUUUGUCCCACAGAGCAGUGAGGAAGACAUUUUUGUAGACCCAGACAGCAGCACUCCCGAGCUCUGUCUGCUACAUGUAGAUGAUCCUACUUCCAAGGACAUACCUAAAAAUGUGGAUGAGAAUUCUCCACUUAUAUUUUCAGACAGUCUUACCGAGCAAGAUCCAUCUGAACAACAUGAUAAAAUACUGUGUAACAGCGUGAGCCUGUUGGAUGGUAACACCACUCUUAUGUGUGCACAAAAAAAACAUUCAAAUGUGCAAAGUAGCCCCAUCAGCCCAGUACGGCAACUCAGCUCUCCUCAAAGCCAGUUGUCUGAGAUCAAACAAGGCAAGAUGAAUUCAACUAUGUCACCUUGUAUAGAAUCUGAGGUCAGUCUUCGAAAAGUCAGAUGCCUUGUCUUUCCAACUGAAGACAGUGAAAGCAGAGGGGCGUUGUUUACAACCAGAUCACGAAAGGCCAUUAAGAGGAAACAGAUUUCAGAAGAUUCAGACGUGACGUCUAUUGAUUUAAAUAAAAUGAACAAUCAAUUAGAAUCUGCACAUAAAGAAGGACCAAGCAAUAAAAAAGAUUGUGUAACUGUUAAAUCAACAGGAGCAAAUCAUACAUCAGUUAAUGAUAAAGAGAUUGAGAAUAAUAUGAAUGAAAGGACUAAUUUUGGAAUAGAACUGAAUUCUUAUUUUGAAAACGAGCUAGAGGAACAAGAACAGGUUGUUAGAAAGAUCAACACAAGAAAGUCUAAAGAGUGCAUUAAUACUCUAGUCAAAAAGAAGCAGGAACCGUAUCAAUCCAGUUUUACAGCUAAAACAAUCCAUUGUUUGAACAAAGAUAGAGGAAGUGAAGUAGUGUCGACUGGAAGUACAGCGUCAAGCCAAAAUAACCAUGUUGGAGAAACUACUAAUGAAGAACGUACCAAGGCACAGGGCUGUAAAGUCAUGAAAACUACACCAGUCAUAGAUCUGAACACAAGCAAUACGAUACACUAUGAUGGAACACUUUUCCAGUAUAAGUACAAGCCUCCUUCAGCAGAUCUCUGCACUCGGGUGAACUCCAUAAGGCUCCCAAGUGACCUAUAUCAGUGGGCUGUGAAGAUCCUUUCAGAAACCCAGGAACAAGUUCCCUAAAUAGCUCAUAUUAUUCUCUUGACUUAUUUGAACUUUCAGAAAAUGUAUUUCCUACUGCAUAUAGGUCUAGAGCUAUAAGCUUCUAUGGGAGCACAAACGAAGAGCACAAAGAGAAAUGUAUAUCUGGAAUUUCUCUAAAAGAUCAUUCCAAGCAUAUGAAUCCUUCUGGAACUCGAUCCAAGACAAGAAAUAAACAGAAGUCUACCUGCAAAAUGAAAUGGGAAAAUAAUUGGUUUUCAAUAUUGCUUACUGUCACUAUGUUGUUGGUCUGUGGAAUUAGCAUGUUACAUUUCACAAUCCAUUUAAAGUGUUCAAUUCAUUAUUAUAGGGUUAACUCCGUGCCACCAUAUUUGUGUUUCUAAGAUGGCGGCAGCUGGAAAUUCCAUCUUCUGCUUUUCCUUGGACGUGCACGUCAAAUUAGGAGCAUGUCCAGGCUUUAUAAUGGACCUGUUAACCUUCGCAAUCGCGCAAUGGUCAACCCCACUUCAGGAAGUGACACAACACUGGAAGGAAGUGAAUACAUGUUGACCAGCCACUGAAUCAUUUUAUAUAGUCAGUCAGUCAAGUAAGCAGCAAAUUGGCAUUGGUGGUAAAUGCCAAGUCAGUCAGACAGAACAGCACUCAACCAGAUGUAAGUUAUAUAUAAUUCUGAACAAUGUUAAAGUAACCACUUCAACAGCACUGCUGACAAACUGGUUGCAUGGCAACGUUAGGUUAAUUUGGCAUGUUUCUAAUAAAAAUAAAUGUCAAGCUACACAUUUUGAAGACCAAAUAAACGCAUAACAGUAAGACAGGGUGUAAAUGUUAUUGCUACACUCAAUUGAUAAACAUUAACUGAGUGAAUAUAGAGGUUUCCUAGUACUUUAUUAUUGCUUCUAACUGAUGUCUGAUAAAUAUUUUUUUACAAAAAGUAACAUUCUUUUUAGAAUGAAUUUGAGCAAAAAAAAAGUUAUGUUACAAUACUGAUACUAUCCCCGACUUUAAAUGUCCACUUGCCACUAUUCUUUGAGGAGUAAAAAUAUAGCCUUGGCAAGUCACCCCUGGUGAGUAUGCUGUGGAGAACAUUUUCAAAUUAGAUGAAUUGCCUUCAACCUUUUCUAGUUAAUUGCUGUCCUUUUCAUUAGUCCAUUUAUAUUGUGUACUUGUUUUUUUUAUAU